GAAGCGCACCGCGAGUUCAAACCUCUCCUCCGCGGCGCGUAAAAUAAAAACAAAAAUAAUGUUUCUUUAAUCUGAAGCGUUACUGGAGUCCGUAUCAGAGCGCUGACAGGACAGCUCGUUUUAUCGACAUCACAUUUAAAAAAACCAACAACAAAAAAAAACCCCUGAAGAACAUCUCCGACUGCCCGAUGCAUCCAUGAUUCUUUCCGGGAAAACAAGCGUCGUUCUCCUGCUGGUCCUCAUCACGGCGCAAGGCUGUUUUGCGUCCAAAGCAGAGGACCGUUUGUUUCGGAGGUUAUUCCGAAGGUACAACCAGUUCAUCCGACCAGUGGAGAAUGUGUCUGAUCCGGUCACGGUGGAGUUUGAGGUGUCCAUAUCUCAACUAGUCAAAGUGGAUGAAGUGAAUCAAAUAAUGGAAACCAAUCUGUGGCUGAGACAUGUCUGGAAUGACUACAAACUGAGAUGGGCCCCUAUUGAGUAUGAUGGAAUUGAGUUCAUCCGAGUUCCAUCCAAUAAGAUAUGGAGGCCUGACAUUGUUUUAUACAACAAUGCGGUGGGGGAUUUUCUGGUGGCGGACAAGACUAAGGCUCUGCUGAAGUUUGAUGGCACCAUCACUUGGGUUCCUCCGGCUAUCUUUAAAUCCUCCUGCCCCAUGGAUAUCACUUACUUCCCUUUUGACUACCAGAACUGCUCCAUGAAAUUUGGCUCAUGGACCUAUGACAAAGCCAAGAUCGACCUGGUGCUCAUUGGCUCAAAGGUGAACCUCAAAGACUUCUGGGAAAGCGGAGAAUGGGAGAUCAUUGACGCACCUGGUUACAAGCACGACAUCAAGUAUAACUGCUGUGAGGAGAUCUACCCAGACAUCACCUACUCCUUCUACAUCAGGCGCCUGCCACUCUUCUACACAAUCAACCUCAUCAUCCCCUGCCUCCUUAUCUCCUUCCUCACUGUGCUGGUCUUCUACCUGCCAUCCGACUGUGGUGAGAAGGUCACCCUGUGCAUCUCCGUUCUGCUCUCCCUCACUGUGUUCCUGCUGGUCAUCACAGAGACCAUCCCCUCCACGUCGCUCGUCAUCCCACUGAUCGGCGAAUACCUCCUCUUCACCAUGAUUUUUGUCACGCUCAGCAUUGUCAUCACCGUGUUCGUGCUGAACGUCCACUACCGCACCCCCAUGACUCACACAAUGCCAGAGUGGGUAAGGGCCGUCUUCCUCGGGGUGCUUCCGCGGGUGAUGCUGAUGAGGCGGCCAAUUGACCAAGGCGACUCGUCUACUGCCAGCAUCACAGAAGGGACAGGAGGAGCAGGGAGCAGCGUAGGGAACAAAAAGAGAAAGAACAGUGUUGGAAGCGGGUCAGGAAGUGUGAGCGUCGGAGGUAUCACAGGUGGGGUGGCGUGCCCACCGCUCGAUGGUGGGGCAGGCGGAGGAGGGGCCUCCUCAGUGGGCGGCUCCAUGAACUGUAUCGAGUAUGGUGAGAUGAACCGUGACAUUAAGCGGGAUAUGAACAGAAGAUGUCCCUACAGAGGCAAGGAGGUUCCAACACCUGUCCCUCCUCCAAAGGUUCUCCCUUCAUCCCAGGGCCCUCAGACCCAGAGGCCCCCAGAGUCAGAGCUACCUAAACUCCCAAGGGCCUUGAACUCAGCAUCACAAGUGAAUGCUGUCGUGGCGUUCUCUGUCAUUUCGCCUGAAGUCAAGCAGGCCAUUGAGAGCGUGAAGUACAUCGCUGAGAACAUGAGGACUCGCAACAAAGCCAAAGAGGUGGAAGACGACUGGAAGUACGUCGCCAUGGUCAUCGACAGGAUCUUCCUGUGGGUGUUUGUGACGGUGUGUGUACUAGGAACACUGGGGCUCUUCCUCCAGCCGCUGAUCAGCUUUUUUAAAUGAAAGACACUUUUUGCUCGUCACCACUGUGGGAAGAAUUUCCCCUGCAGUUCUUUCACAUUACACACUGGGCUGUCAUGUUCUUUUUCUUCUCUUGUUUCGUCCCAGGACUCAUCCGUCAUCACCUCUCACUGUCAGCCGUAUGUCUCAACACUUGACUUGCCCACAAUUCGUCAUUCACCCUUUGUCUCACCCCACUGACGUGCAAAGCAGGUCAUCUAGUGUGCUUCCUCCCCUAACUGCUGGGAAAUAACAUCUGCACUCCUUUUUGAGUAUUUUGUCCUCAUAUGCCACUAAUGUCACCCACUUGUCCUUAAGACACAUGGGUUCUCUUUUUCAUGUAUUUUCUUGCAAAAUGUCCUCUCAGCUAUUAUUAUGUUACUGUAUAAUCAUUGUGUACAUAAUUUCCACCCUAAAAGGUGUUAUUCGUAUAUAUCUUCACAACCUUAAAGGAUUAUAAUCAGAACUCAAAUUCGAUAUAUGAAUCAAGAUGGCUAAGUACUUUUCCCUACCAGCUGUAGUAUUCUGUUUAGGUAUUAUUGUUCAAAUCAAGCACAAUAAUUAUUUCAAAUAAUAUUUAUUGUCAUUUUCUUAUAAAUUCACACAUGGAAAAAGGACACAGAUUUUUUCUGAAAAAUAUUGCGCAUUACCUGUACAUACAAAGCCCAUUUCCAGUGAAGUUGGGAUGUUGUGUAAAAUGUAAAUAAAAACAGAAUAUAACAAUUUGCAAAUCCUUUUCAACCUAUAUUCAAUUGAGUACAGUACAAAGACAAUAUAUUUAAUGUAUAAAUGGUUUUUUUUUUGGGGGGGCGGGAUAAUCUCUCAUUAUGAAUUUGAUUCCUGCAAAACAUUCCAAAAAAGCUAGGACAGGUGCAACAUAAGAAUACUCCAAAAAAACAACAAAUUGUUUUUGGAACAUUUCACAGGUGAACAGGUUAAUAAGAAACAGGUGAGUGUCAUGAUUUGGUAUAAAAGGAGUUUCCCCGAAAGGCUCAGUUGUUGACAAGCAAGGAUGGGGCGAGGUUCACCACUUUGCGAACAACGGCGUGAGCAAAUGGUCCAACAGUUUAGGAACAACGUAUCUCAACAUUUAAUUUCAAGGAAUUUAUGGAUUUCAUCAUCUACAGUCAAUAAUAUCAUCAAAAGAUUCAGAGAAUCUAGAGAACUCUCUGCACGUAAGUGGCAAGGCCGAAAACCAACAUUGAAUGCCCGUGAUAUUCAAUCCCUCAGGUGGCACUGCAUUAACAACCGGCAUCAUUUAGUAAAGGAUAUUGCCACGUAGGUUUAGGAACACUUCAGAAAACCAUUGUCAGUUAACACAGUUUGUUGUUACAAAUACAAGUUAAAACUCUACCAUGCAAAGUGAAAGCCAUAUAUGAACAACACCCAGAAAUGCCGCCGGCUUAUCUUGUCCCAAUCACAUCUGAGAUGGACUGACGUAAAGUGGAAAUGUGCGGUUUAACAAGUCCACAUUUCAAAUUGUUAUUGGGAAUCAUGGACAUUGUGUCCUGCAGACCAAAGAGAAAAACGACCAUACAGAUUGUUAUCAGUGCAAAGUUCAAGAGCCAGCAUCUGUGAUGGUAUGGGGGUGUGUUCGUGUCCAUGGCACGGGUAACUAGAAUAUCUGUGAAGGUUUUUGAGCUACAUAUGCUGCCAUCCAUGCAACAUCUUUUUCAUGGGCGUCCCUGCUUAUUUCAACAAGACAAUACCAAGCCACAUUCUGCCAGUGUUACAACAGCGUGGCUUCAUAGUAAAAGAGUGCAAGUACUCGACCGGCCGGCCAGCAGACCAGACCUGUGUCCCAUUGGAAAUGUGUUGUGCAUUAUGAAGCGCAAAAUAUGACAACGGAGACCCCAGACUGUUGAGCAGCAUAGGUUAUACAUCAAGCAAGAAGGGGAAAAAAAUCCACCUACAAAGGUGAGUGUCCUCAGUUCCAAAAUACAUAUUGUGUGUUGUCAGAAGGAAAGGUAAUGUAAGACAGUGGUAAACAUAACCCUCUCCCAGCUUUGCAGGAAUCAAAUUAAAAAUGAGUGAAUAUUUGCAAAUUAAAUACAGUUAUUCACUUUGAACAUUAAAUAUCUAGUCUUUGUAGUGUGUGUGUGUAUAUAUAUAUAUAUAUAUAUAUAUAUAUAUAUAUAGUAUGUUGAAAUGAAUUUGCAAAUCAUAGCAUUCUGUUUUUAUUUACAUUUUACACAACAUCCCAACUUCAUUGGAAUUGGGGUUUGUAAAAUUUGAGUGUAACACACACUGUAAUAACAUAGAACACCAGACCAGGAGACAGAAUGAUGUCCUGAGAUAAUUUUAGUAUUAUAACAAGACAAUCUACUUUAUUUAGACAUUGACAGCAUGAUCUUAUACAUUUAUGUACUGUAUUUCUUUCUGACAAGAAAACACUGCCGUUUGUUUCUUUCGUUUUCAAAGACCAGUGGCAGUUCUGGGGGGCAUAUGAAUGAAUGAAUGAAUAAAUAAAUAAAUACACAUUAGGGCUGUCAAAGUUAAGCGUUAACUCAUGAUUAAUCACAAGUAAAUAAAUACCUUAUUAAUCAUGAAUUAACUCAGAUGAAUCACUUUAAUCAAUUUAUUUUGACCACACACGCUCCUUUACCUUAACCAUGGAUUGAUAUCUGAAAUGUGGUGCAGGUUGCUACAAGGUCAGUGAUCAGGUCAGUGCUUACGCCAGUGCAAAGAUAAGUGAAGAGACUCCAACUGGUGUGCUCGACAUUUCUUUUGCUACACCCUGAUAGGACAAAACACAAAGGUAAUCUGCAUAUAAUGUAGCGCUGAACUGAACUCAUUGGAGCACAACAAGUUUAAAAUACCUUCUCAAAGCAAACUAUGAUACUCUGUGUGAUAUAUUUGUCGCCUGUGAUUAAUCGCAAUUAAUCAAAAUUCAAAAGUGUGAUUAUCCAUCCAUCCAUCCAUUUUCUGAGCCGCUUCUCCUCACUAGGGUCGCGGGCGUGCUGGAGCCUAUCCCAGCUAUCAUCGGGCAGGACGGGGGGUACAUCUUGAACUGGUUGCCGGGCAAACGCAGGGCACAUACAAACAAACAACCAUUCGCACUCACAUUCACACCUAUGGGCAAUUUAGGGUCGGCAAUUAACCUAUCAUGCAUGUUUUUGGGAUGUGGGAGGAAACCGGAGUGCCCGGAGAAAACCCACGCAGGCACGGGGAGAACAUGCAAACUCCACACAGGCGGGGCCGGGGAUUGAACCCCGCUCCUCAGAACUGUGAGGCUAACGCUCUAACCAGUCGUCCACCGUGCCGCAAAAGUGUGAUUAGUCAGACUAAAAAAUUUAUAUGUGUGUACUUGUAGAAGUGAUUGAGGAAAACAGGUGAAACAUGCAUGACCUGCGAACAGGAGACAAGACUACGGCUUUACAUUGGCUUGCCUCAUUGUCGCAAUGAGCAGAAUCACAGUGGAAUUUACAACAAGGCAAGCAACCCAUGUAUCGAAACACUUUGGAUUAGAUAAUGGAAAUAAAAUU